ACCUGCGGGUUAAUGUGCUCCAAUGGCCACGAAGCCGUCCGUGGUCUCAGAGCUGAGCGCAAAGUGCCACAGGUGAUAGGAGGAAUGAACACCGGGAUCAGAGACUUUAGGUAUCCUAGGUGUUAUAAACAAGUAGCCAAAUUGCUCCAAACAAACUUUGCCAUGUAAGAUUAGUAACCGAAGCCUCUGCACGGUGCAGAAAAUCGACGAUUUCACCACGUCACUUCUCGGGAGAUCAUGAAACAACAUCGGAUGUGGCUGAAGCGAGGACAAGUUGAGGAAGCUGAGGAAACCCAUCUCCACCGAUGAAGCAGCCAAGUUCCUCUGCGCCUCUCCCUUCACGCACUGGCGAGGUGAGAACGGGGAGCAUCACAUCAAUGUAGAGAAAACAUCAAUGUGUCAUCUGAGGUGCUGAAACUCGGUAGAAGACAGGAGAAGCACAAUUGCAAUUUUGCAUCGAAAAACAAUAAAAGCACAUCAUGGAAACAGAAGGGGGAUCCUCCGGGCUGGCCAAAUCAGCCGCCGUAAAACUGUCCGAGAUGGGCGAAAGAACCAAGCAGUUUGGCACUGCGAUGAGGGAUCCUCACCAGCAGAGACGGAUCAUUCUAGUGAUUGUUUGCGUGGCUCUCCUGCUAGACAAUAUGCUGUACAUGGUAAUCGUGCCAAUUAUUCCAGAUUACCUUGCUGAUCUGGAGAGUGAGCAGUCAGAGCACGUCCACGUAGUCAUACACUCUAACACCUCCGCCAACAGCACAAACCAAGCCAAAAGCAACAAGGACAAUUUAGACGUCCAAAUAGGAGUACUUUUUGCAUCUAAAGCAAUCUUGCAGCUGUUAGUCAACCCCCUGUCGGGAACUUUUAUAGACAGGGUUGGAUAUGACAUCCCUCUAUUAAUUGGACUGACUGUCAUGUUCGUAUCCACCUGCAUAUUUGCUUUUGCGGAGAACUACGGGACGCUUUUUGCAGCCAGAAGUUUACAGGGUCUGGGAUCGGCUUUUGCAGACACCUCUGGAAUCGCGAUGAUAGCUGACAAAUACACCGAAGAGGCAGAGAGAAGCAAGGCGCUUGGCAUUGCGCUGGCGUUCAUCUCUUUCGGGAGCCUGGUGGCGCCUCCCUUCGGGGGUGUCCUGUACGAGUUUGCGGGCAAAAGGGUGCCCUUCAUCGUGCUUGCCACCAUUUGCCUGGCGGACGGCUUUCUGCUGCUGACUGUGAUCAAGCCGUUCACCAACAGGACUAGAGAGAACAUGCCAGUCGGCACCCCCAUUUACAGACUCAUGAUUGACCCGUACAUAGCUGUGGUGGCCGGGGCGCUGACAGUGUGCAACAUCCCCUUGGCCUUUCUAGAGCCGACCAUAGCCAACUGGAUGGAGACCACCAUGCACUCGUCAAAGUGGGAGAUGGGACUGACCUGGCUUCCCGCCUUCUUUCCUCAUGUUCUAGGCGUUUACAUUACAGUUAAAUUGGCAGCCCAGAAUCCAAAUUUGCAGUGGUUCUAUGGAGCUUUGGGUAUGGUUAUAAUAGGGGCAAGCUCCUGCACAGUUCCAGCGUGCAAAACAUUUGGCCAGCUCAUUGCCCCGUUGUGCGGCAUAUGUUUUGGCAUCGCCCUGGUAGACACUGCCCUCCUGCCGACGCUUGCCUUUUUGGUUGACGUGCGUCACGUUUCUGUGUAUGGUAGUGUUUAUGCUAUAGCGGAUAUUUCCUAUUCAGUUGCAUAUGCCAUGGGUCCUAUAGUAGCCGGUCAGAUAGUGCACAAUCUCGGUUUUGUGCAACUCAAUCUGGGUAUGGGCCUCGUCAAUGUGCUUUACGCACCGGCUCUGCUGCUGCUGCGCAACGUGUGCCAAAUGAAACCGUCCUACUCAGAGAGGGAUAACCUGUUAGAGGAAGCACCACAGGGGCUGUACGAUACUAUCAAGAUGGAGGAGAGGAAAGGUAAGAAGAAGGGCUAUAGCUCGGCAGGGAAUUGCCUGCCUGUAGACGAAAAUGGGUUCGACCCGUUCAGAGCACAGCGAUCCUUCUCAGACGAGUCGUCCGGUCCAGAGUACACUUAGUCCACCUAAACUCUGACCGCUCCCCUCCCGAUACAUUCCGUGAGAGAGACUGGAGAGGAAGCACAAGAGAUAUAGUCAUUUAAACUUUUAUGUAAGUACUGAUGUGCAAUAUAAACACCCAGUCACCAAAAUCAUGAUGGUGUGACCUGUUUUCCAAAGUUUCUUUUUUUUUUUCUUUGACUGUAAUUUCAUUGUGUUGAAUAAGUCUAUAUGUAGCGUUUGUCAUGGACAUAUAAUUGGAGUUUUGUGAGAGAUCUAUCAGCUACUGUUGAAUAUGUGUGCAUAACAGAGUAUUGUAAAAAGGUAAAUAGAUAAAUGUACGUAAAAGAUUAUGCUGAAAAUAUAAAUAAGGGACCAACUAUCAACAGCACAUUUUCCCCCACAAAAAAUAGCCUAUAUUUUUAGUCUUUGAUGAAACUUUUUUUACUUGCACAUCAAAGGCCAAAUUUUCAUUUCUGGUUCUUCGAAAUUUUGUGGAUUUUAAUUUUGUAAAAGCAUAUUUAUUGGGCCUGUUGUUUUAUUUUAGAAGUUUAUGUUGUUUGAAAUGAACUGUAUCAUAAUGAAUUGCUUUUGUACAUAUGUGGAUAUGCACUAUGUAAAUUGUUAAAUUAUACGUGGACCUCUGCAAAGUUUGUGUGAGCGUGCUUGUGCGUGCGUGUGUGUGUGCGUGUGUGUGUGCGUACGCGCGUGUGCCGAAACAUUUUGUUGUCAAAAUGUAGCCUAAUGAAGUCAGUCUCCUUAAACUGAGCAAACAUGUAUUCAUUUAUCAAUUGUCGUUUUAAUAAAUCUCUGUUUGGA